UCUUAACUUGACUGUUUGUCUUGAUUUAAAUUUGAAUAAUAUCCAAUAUUUACUAAAAAUUAAUAUUCAAGAAAGUAAAUACAAUAAUUUAGUGACUACUUAACAUGAUGGAUGAUGAAAGGUUAACUGCAGACGAAUAUGAGAAACAAUACUAUGGUUUCAGUUCAACAGAAUUGUAUCAAGAUUUUGAGGAACAAGUAUGUAUAGCUAUGAAACAGGCGUUAACAGAAAUGGAAAAUGCUUUGAAAGAACAACACAUUGAUGAAGGAAGCCAAAAAAUUGAGCAAAUUUAUACAAUCUACGUGGAAACCGCAAGAGUUUCUCUACAGAAAUUUAAGGAAGAAACUAAAAAAAUCUUUGCAAUACCAAAGAAUGUUAUUCUAGACGAAGAUAAGCACAAUACUGACCAAUAUUCAGAACAAGAUAUUACUCAAUUAGAGAAAGAAGUAAUAGAUUUGCAAAAUGAGCUUUUGACGGAAAAAGUUUUUCUGGAGAGAUGUAAGCGACAGAAAGAAAUUAUUAAUACAUCAGUUAAACCUUUGUACGAAAAGGUAAAUGGUGUAAUCAAAUACCUAAAAACCGUUCUGGAAAACGUAGAAGCUGAUAAAAACAGGAAAAUAUUUGAUAUCUACGAACACUGUAUUCAAUAUUAUUUCAACAAUGAAGACAGAGAAUCAGAGCUUUCAGAAACUCUGAAUUUAGAACAAUAUUUUCUUAAAGAGUCGGAUGAUUUUUUUAAUAUGUGUAAGUAGACAAAGUUGUUAUAAAGUUUUUUAUAUUGUAA